UACAACCGCGAAAUGUAAUGUUCCUAACAGCGCUUCAGAAGGUGAAUUAAUUUCUAAUUAAUAAUAUUCGAGUAAAUAUAAUAAACACGAGUGUUUUUAAUACUUGAUAUAAAAAUCUGUUUACACGAAGAUAUCCCUCGCGUUACGGAAAUUCAUAUUACGGAAGUUCCGCACUUACGGUAAUUGUGAACUAUAACAACUAAUUUCGGGAUACGAACCGAAAUUUCACGCCACGGUAACUCGGCUAAAUUCUAACUAUUUUAAUAAUAACCUAAAUCACAAUAUAAAUGUCAAAAUAUUUCUUUUUUCUUGUUAGAAGUAAUAUAUAUUUCUUGUGGAUUUCUUGACUACCAUUGCUGCUGUUGGAUUUAACUUUUACGAACGUACAGUGAAGACGUUACGCUUAUUCAAGAUGACUGGAAAGAGGCCAUCAAAUGGAAGUCAAAGCAGUAGUGUGAAAAGGAGUCGGAAAGGGAUUACAUUAGACGUUAAGCUUGAUAUUUUACGUAGAUUCGAUGCAGGAGAAAAACUAAGUCACAUAGCAAAAUCGUUAAAGCUUGCAGCAUCUACAGUAGGAACAAUACGUGACAAUAAAGACAAAAUUAGAAAAAUUGCUCAAGAAACUACUCCUUUAACUGCCCGGACAUUGUUUUUUCAUAGAUCUGAUGUAAUGCUGAAGAUGGAACGGCUCCUGAGUGUGUGGAUCAAUGAACAGACUAGACAUAAUGUACCAAUAAGUGCAGUGGUCAUUCAGGCGAAAGCAAAAACUUUGUAUGAACAUUUGCAGGAAAAGGAAGGUGCAACUUCUGUUGUGAAACCUUUCCUUGCUAGUAAAGGCUGGUUUGAAAGGUUUAAAAAACGUUUUAAAUUGCACAAAAUAAAAAUGAACAAUGGAGCUGACAGUAUUGGCACAAAUAUUGAUAUAUGUACUAAUACAGAAGACACAAUGGCAAAUACCGAAGAUGAUAUAUAUGACAAUAUAGAGGCUGAUACAGAGGUUAAUAUAGAUGAUAGUACAGAGACUAAUAUAAAAAUUCAUAUAGAAGACAGUACAGAAGAUACAAAAGUUCAUAUAGAAGCUAAUGCAGAGGCUGAUAUGGUAGCUAAUACUAGUUAUGUUGAGAAACUCAAGAAAAUGAUUGUUGAAGGAGGCUACACACCAGAACAAGUGUACAAUGUUGAUGAAACUGGACUUUUCUGGAAGCGUAUGCCUGCUGGGACUUUUAUUUCCAAUGAAGAAAAAUCAGCACCAGGCUUUAAAGUUUCUAAAGAUCGCCUGACACUUCUUGUGGGAGGAAAUGCUGCUGGUAAUAUGAAAUUAAAGCCCCUACUUGUUUAUCACUCUGAAAAUCCAAAAGCUUUCAAGGGUUAUGCUAAGUCUAAUCUACCUGUAAUAUGGCGUUCAAAUAAGAAGGCUUGGAUGACUACAAGCCUUUUCCAAGACUGGUUUACAAACUUUUUUUGCCCUGCUAUAGAAAUCUACAGUGCAAAGCGUAAUAUUUCCAACAAGGCAUUGCUACUUUUAGACAAUGCACCAAGCCACCCUGUGAACUUAAAUGAUCUUUCUGAUAACGUGAGGGUGGAAUUUAUUCCCAAGAACACAGCCUCUUUACUCCAGCCAAUGGAUCAAGGUGUGGUAGCUCUCUUCAAAGCAUAUUACCACAGAAGAAUUUUUAAACAACUCAUAAAAGCCAUUGAUGGUGAGGAUAAAACUACAGUUAGAGACUAUUGGACAAAGUUUAACAUUAUGAAUGCUGUAGAUAAUAUAGCUGACUCAUGGAAUGAAGUAAAACUUUCAACAAUGAACAGUGUUUGGAAAAACAUAUGGCCAGACUGUGUCCGUGACUUUACAGAUUUUCCACCAGUAGAAAGUCUAUAUCAAGUUCAGCAGGACAUUGUGACACUUACAAAUAGUGCAGGGUUUGAAGAAGUCAAAGAAAAUGAUGUGAUUGAGUUAUUGGUGUCCCAUAGAGAAAGCUUGUCUAAUGAGGAGCUGCUGCUGUUGGAACAAGAUCGAGCUGCAGAAGAAGAAGAGGAAGAUAUAGAAGCUGCCUCCACCCAACUUCAGUUGAAUGUUGAUCAUUUGGCUACAGGGUUGGCACUUAUACAGGAAGGUCUCCAAAUCUUUGCUGAUAACGACCCCAAUCGUGAACGCAACAUCAAAGUUAUAAGAGGAGUUCAUAAUGAGCUCAGAUCCUACAUUGAACUGUACAAAGAAAAGUUACGUCAUUAUUCCCAAUAACUUCCAUUGCAUCAUCUUCUACCAUGCAGCAGCCAAAAUCUUUUCUGAUACACAAAUACGUCUACAGAGAACAUGAAGACCUUUACAAGAGGUGAUGUCAGUGGAAUAAAUACCGGAAAAAAUACAAACCAUUCCAAAGUGAUGAUGCAGGAGAAAUUGUUCCUUGUAGAUACAAAAGGAAAAAUUCCACAGAAAAUUUCUAGCAGAGACCAAUCUGAGAAUCUCAUUCACUGAAUUUUGCUGCUACAUCCUUUUAAAGGUUGUGUACCCCUGUCUGCUUAUGAGACUGUAUGUGCAAACUACACAAGAAUCUAAGCUUUCUGGCAAAAAAGUUUUGUGAGCUGAAGCUGAUUGGGACUUCUGAUCUAGAGAGAUUUGCCAAACCUGUUUGUUGUGGUACUGCCAGCAGGAGUUGUAUGUAUAGAGUGUGUGAAAAGUACAAAGAGAAAACAGUUCUCUUCUAGAGUACAUAUGACAGUGCUGAAAAAGUGUCCUGUACCCAUUAAGGGACAGGUGAGAAGGUAAACAGAUACUUUCAGGUAGGGUCAAAAAAGAGAAAGGCUAACAGGAGCAACUUGUUGAAUAGUUUUAUGUGUUUAAGUAAGUUCUAAAAGCUUUUCUUCGGUAUGAAGCAGCAUUAUACCAACUACUAAGUGCUAAGGUCUGAGAGAGCAGAGUCCUUGAGAAAUAUUUAAUCCAUCUAGAUUUUUCUGGGAGUUUUAUUUACAAGUGCUAUCAUGAUAUCUAAGCAGUGCACUUUGGAUCAUCUCACAAAGAGGAAACACUACAUUGAUGGGUUUGUUUAUGCAGAUAGUAACCAAGAACAGACCUGCUUCUGCACAAUAUCCUUACCAAAACACAAAACCUUCUGCAGCUGUAUUGAUUCAUCUGAAUCUUGUGUUGGAUUCUGCAGAAAAUGUACCUUAAGGUUUCUGUGUUGGUCCUUAUUCCCACCAUUUACAGAAGGGCAUUUUUCCCUCUGUUCAGCUGUGGUUUGGAGAUAUAAGGUGUCAAAGCAGGGAUUUGGAAUUUUUGAGGUGUGCCAUAGUAUAUGAUAUUAGUGUAGCUGUGAAUAGAACUAAGCAAUUGUAGUUUUUCAAAUUCAGGAAAAAUGGUUUUACAACUUCUUGCUGAACAACCUACGUAAACGAUGUGUUUAUAGCAAUCAAAUUGUUAUUCGGUACAUAAGUUCUCUCCCUUGAUGAAAUUACCAUUACCUGCAUACAGGUAAGCAGUGUAUUAUACAUCAGAUGACAAAGUAACAUGAAAUGAAGUAUUUUGCUCAAGAGCACAAUGUGCUGCCUGGUCCAAGAAUUGAACCCACAAUCUUGUAAUCAUGAGUGCAACACACUUACCACUAGGCCCCACACCCUUGCUGAAUAGAACUACUGAGAUGAUAAUGACUAUGGUUAGAACAUUCAAAAUCUCCAAAGCCCUUUUGGAAAAACCAACACUCAUAUUCAGUUGUUCUUUAUUCAUGAUGAAAUUCUUGAGUGUGUACCUGUAAACUUAUCUUGAAACCAUGAGAAUAUAUCAGGAGGAAAUUAAUGCUUCGGGUGAGAUAAUAUCUCAUGGUGUCAGUUGUAGGUGGCUGUCCCAGAAAGUAUUUCCUUUCUGAGUGUUGGAAUAACUAAUAUUUCAGCUAUGCCAUAAAGCUACCGCCAUGAUGGUGCCAACUACUGUGUCACAGACCAGUCACAAAUCUUUGAGAAGAUCCCGAAGUGUCAUACCAGCAGUGUGUACUCUCAUAUGAUAAAGAUUUUUAUACAGGAGUAAUCCUUGCUAGGGAUGAACCCCCAUGUUCAAGUUAAAUUCUUGUGACCAUGUUGGACUAAACAACUUGUUUGGGCCAAUUUGUGAAGAGUAUGUAUCAUGGUAUCUGUUUCCUCAUCAUAAAUUUCAGAUCAUCUCACUAUUAUCAUGAGACAUGGAAGUGUGGCCAGGCUUUCUAAAUAAUGGUUUCAAAUUUUGGUACAUGGUCAGCAAUUUUAGGGGAAGGAUAAGUCAGUUACAUCAGUCUCAGUAUGUGACUGGUACUUUAUUUUAUCAACCUCAAAAGAUGAAAAGUGUAAUUGACCUUAGCGGGGUUUGAACUCAGAAUGUAAAGAACCAGGAAGGUUUUCUAAAUAAUAGAUUACAUGAAACAACACUACAUUCACAAUUUUAGAGCUCGAUCGUUUCCACUGAGGUAAUUUAUUUCACAAUAACUGAUACAGUACAUUUUAUUUUUUAAUGAUCCUAUAGACAAGUCUAUCCCAUUAAUGUGUGUGAGGAAUCUAUUCCUUGGUUUUUUUAUUCAUUGUUAUAUGUUGAAUUCUUCAUGAACUGUUUUGUUUCGUUUUGGGGCAGGGGGGAUCUCUUUUAUCUUGUUUCUGCAAUUGAAUUGUGGCCAUGCUUGGGCACAGCCUUGAAGAUAUUAGUCAAACAAAUCAAUCCCAGUACUUAUUUUCUUUUUUAAGUCUGGUACUUAUUCUAUUUUGCUGUAAAACCAAAUUAUGGGAAUGUAAACAAACUGACACACUGGUUGUCAAGCAGUGGUGGGGGACAAACACAGGCACAAAGACCCCCCCACACAGACGCAAACUCACAUAUCUUUUAUCUUUUACUUGUUUCAGUCAUUUGACUGUUGCCAUGCUGGGGCACCGGCUUGAAAGGUUUUAGUCGAACAAAUCAACCCCAGGGCUUAAUUUGUUUUAAGCCUAGUACUUAUUGUAUCAAUCUCUUUUGCUGAACUGCUAAGUUAUGGGGACGUAAACAUACCAACACCGGUUGUCAAGUGGUGAUGGGGAACAAACACAGACACACACACAGAUACAUACAUUUUCAUAGCAUAUCUUGAUUGCCUCAAUAACUGAAGAGAUGCCGGUGCAGGUUUCCACCCCGACAUCCAAAACUCAGAGUUUUAUUAUGGCAACCGAAUUAUUGUCACAUAUUAUAUUACAGAUAUAUAUAUACAUGAUGGGCUUCUUUCAGUUUCCAACUAACAAAUCCACUCACAAGGCCCAAAGCUAUAGUAGAAGACACUUACUCAGUGGGACUGAACCUGGAACCAUGUGGUUGAAAAGCAAACUUCUUACCGAACAGCCAUGCCUGUGCCUAUAUAUAUAUCAUUCAACUAUGACUGUUGUUGAAUAAUAUUCUUAAGGUUGCAAUUUACUCACAUGCAGCAUCUUUCAGAGCUUGUCGUUAAUUCGGUUCAUAACCAAAUUGAAAACUGUUAACAUUUUUGAAGAGGACUGAUCCCUUGCUACAUUUUGGCAUUGAAAAUUUGAGAUUUGAUCCAGUAGUAAAAAGUUUACAUCAAAAUUUGUAGGAUAGUAAGUAACGCAACCAUUCAAGUUUAGAUCUAAAUAACAUUUUUAUUUUAAAAGCAAAAUAUAUUUAUCUUAGCUUCAAUGAUAGAAGAAAGCAUGAAAAAUUUCAUAGUUUUGUUCCCAUGCAACAAAAAUUUGUAUCGAAAAACUGUGAGGGUAAAAUAUCAUGAAAAAAAUAUAUAAGUAAGGCAAAAAAUUGAAUUUAAGUAUAAUUAACUUAUUUAUUUUAAAAACAAACUAUAUUUUAAUUAAGCUUAAAUGAUAGAGCUCAAUGAAGUUUUAAAAGAAAAAAGUUAUGAGUGUUUAUUUCUCAAAUUUGAGGGUGACAAUAUAGUUCUAUAAGGGGACUUUUAAUAUAUGUCACCAGCGCCAUUGAGGUAAGGUAAGAAUUAUCAACAACACCACUAAUUGACAUAUUAUUGAUUAGCAUAAUAGCAUCGCCUGGAAAAAACAGGGAUUACAUGGAAAAAUGCGAACAAGAGAAAUAAUAUUCUUAAGAUUAUAAACCUGGAAUAUUACAGGACAAGUUAUUACACUUGGAAAAAUUCAAGACAACUUAUUACAUCUGGUAAAGUACAGAACAAGAAAAUUUUUACUUAAAAUAUUGCAGCUAAGGAUAAAAUUUGAAUCAUCAUCAUCAUCAUCAUCAUCGUUUAACGUCCGCUUUCCAUGCUAGCAUGGGUUGGACGAUUUGACUGAGGACUGGUGAAACCGGAUGGCAACACCAGGCUCCAGUCUGAUUUGGCAGAGUUUCUACAGCUGGAUGCCCUUCCUAACGCCAACCACUCAGAGAGUGUAGUGGGUGCU